AGGUGAAGUAGAUUGGAGGGAAUGCGUACUGCGUGGAAGUGUUAUCGUACCACUAAAUAUUAGUCUUGAUGGAAUAAUACAGACCAAUUUGUUAACAUAUAAAAAUGGGAUGGGGGUGGGCGCUAUUACUAUUAGAGAAGAUCCUGAGGGCGAGGUUGAACGAAUUGCUUUAUAUAAUUGGGUCGAACAAACCGCUCUUCCCGCCAAAGAUCGGGAAAAAGUAUUUACCAUUAAGCAGGCAUCAAAGCUUCUACCUAUAGGCACUAAACUUGCAAUCAAAAAUCCCUACUAUCAAGUUGCCUCUAGUUUUGACACCUUAAUUCAUACAGAUGGUCCCAGUAUUACCACCGAUUUUGACUCAAUUAUUCGCUCAGAUAACCCCAAAGACGUCAUUGUAAUCAAUCAAGAUAAUGAGCUGUUUAAUAAAAUAAAGUGGUCCAAGGAUCUGGGAAAAAGAAAGAAUGACAAUGGUAAAAAUGAGUUAUCAGUUGAUGACGAGAAGAAGCUUGGGACCGCUGAUGACUUCCGUCAGAGCGGGAAUCAAUAUUUUAUUUCAAAUGAUUUUGCCGCAGCCGUUGACGAAUAUUCGAGUGGUAUCGAACUAGAGCCACAUAACGUCACUUUGCUUGCCAACCGCGCAGAGGCUUAUUUGAGGUUGGGUCGAUUUGAAAAAGCUCUCACAGAUGUAGAAAUCACUCUCAAUCGUGAACCCGAUCAUUUGAAAGCAGCUGUUCGCAAAGGCAAAGCUCUGAUUGGUCUCAUACGUUAUCAAGAAGCCAUAAUCACACUUAAAGAUGUGAAUCUAAUGAUGCAAACAAGCACCAAUAAUGAUGAGAUUUUAAUUACUUCCAUUAAGCAAAGCGCUAAAGAAUUGUUAAAACGUGCGGAAAUGUUUGAUUCUGAAAACCGGUAUGGACGAUAUGAUUACAAAAGUAUCAUUGAUGAGUUUUGCGAAAAGGUUGCAAUUAAAAGCAAUAAUCAAGACAAUGAUGAUUGGGUUUGUGGAACAGGGCCAAGAUUAGACCAUGCCGAAUAUUUGAUUGAUGAUAUCGAGAUUCGUCCCGUGGAAAAUAAAGGAAGAGGAUGGAUUGCCAAGCGGGACAUUCCUGAAGAUACUCUUUUAAUGGUUUCCAAGGCAUUCAAAGUUGUGUAUGGUAAUGAAGCUCCUUUAAGUUUUAGAAGUAUUGAUUUUACACCUGGAACCGAAUCCAUGAAUACGGCAACGCAUUCAGAAUUAGCGAGCCGCAUUGCCCAGGAACUCAUAGCAGAACCGGAACUUUUCCGGGAAGUGUAUCAGCUUUAUGCUGGUCCGGAUAUGGUUCCCAUGGAAAAUCUCGACCAAGACUCGUUAAAUUCGGUGGAUACUAGAAGAAUUGAAAAAAUUGUUAAAUACAACUUUUUCGAACCAAUGGAUGAAUGGAAUGUUUUAUGUCGUGCUGGAGAAGAUAGUCGAUUAACCAAAGAUUUCGGAGCGGGAUUAUGGAUCUUGCCAUCUUAUUUCAACCACUCAUGUGUUGAUAAAAAUAUUCAAAAGCUAAUUAUUGGAGACAUGAUGUUUUUAAGAUCUUUACGACCGAUUUUGAAAGACGAGGAGUUAAUUUUAGAGUAUUGUUCACCAUCGAGAACAUAUGAAAAGCGAUCUUCGAAACUUAAGUCAUAUGGUGUAAAUUGUCAAUGUCGACUUUGCGAAUUGGAUAGAUCUGAAUCAAAACAAGUUAAACUUCGACGGGACGAAAUCUCCGUAAUUUAUGAAAAUUAUCUCGGUCCUCAGGUGAAAUCAACGCUCCAUAGCCCUUAUUUUGAUCCUUCUCUCGUCAAUGAAUUAACAAAUUUGAUCGCUGAAUCACACGAGCUACGAAAAGAUCAUCCAGACCUAGAUUUUCUUGCAUAUGAAAUGAAGAAUGAUUUGGCAAUGGCAUACGUGAAAGUCGGUAAACUCCGACAGUCUCUUCCUGUCACGAAGGAAAUAUACGAUUUUUUGAAAACCAUACAAAUGUUCAGCUUAACUUGCGAUGCCGCCUAUCAAGUUUCAUCUCGCUACGCUAGACUCGGACAAAUGAAAGAAGGUAAGAAAUGGUUUGAUGUGGCACUGAAAGAGUUGGCAGAACCUAUAAGAGGAAAAUACAAUAAAGAAGAAAUCCAUUGGAGGAAAGAGGCGUUGUAUUUGGCGAAAAAGCUAACACCGAAAAUGAUCGUGGGCGCAAGGAAUAAAGGACUUGUAUCAUGA